CUAGUUAGAGCCAAACAUGGAACCAGUUAAAAUUGAAAAAGUAGGAACUUUGGACGAAAAUAUUACAGAAGCAAAUGUGCUGAUUAAAAAAGAUUUAGAACAAAUAUUUAUUAAAGAAGAAAUUAUAGAAGAAAGUGAUGAAAUCGUCGGUGAACUAAUUACAGCUGAGGAUGAUACCCAUCAAUUAGAGGUUAGAAUUGCUUCAAAUUGUGAAAAAAAUAAAAAAUAUUCAUGUGAUUUUUGUGACGAAAAUUUUAAAUCUCCAAGUGAUUUAGCUGCUCACCAACGAAUUCAUACUGGAGAAGGGGAUUUCUCAUGUGCAGAUUGUGAUAAAACAUUUCCUUAUGCAAGCAGUUUAAAACGACAUCAAAGAAGUCACACGGGAGAAAAACCAUUUUCAUGUGAAAUUUGUGAUAAAAGAUUUACUCAACGACAUAAUUUAGCUCAACAUAAACGUUUAGUUCAUGUUGAAGAUAAACCAUUUUCGUGUAAAAUUUGUGGAAAAAAAUUUACUCAAUAUAAAAAUUUAAUUGGUCAUACACGGACUCAUACCGGUGAAAAACCAUUUUCUUGUGAAAUUUGUGAUAAAACAUUUAGUUUAGCAAAUAGUUUAAAAAGACAUCAAGAAACUCAUACAGGAGAAUUUGUUUGUAAAAUUUGUGAUAAAAGAUUUCGACAACGAAGCUAUUUAGUCGCGCAUCAACGAAUUCAUACUGGAGAAAAACCAUUUUCUUGUGUAGAUUGUGAUAAAACAUUCACUUUUGCAAGUUGUUUAAGAAAACAUCAAAUAUUUCACACGGGAGAAUUUUCCUGUGAAAUUUGUGAGAAAAGAUUUCAACAACGAAGUUAUUUAGUUGCGCAUCAACGAAUUCAUACUGGAGAAAAACCAUUUUCAUGUGAAAUUUGUGAUAAAAGUUUUACUCAACAACAUAAUUUAGUUCAACACAAACGGUUAGUUCAUACUGAAGAUAAACCAUUUUCGUGUAAAAUUUGUGAUAGAAAAUUUACUCGCUAUAGAUAUUUAACUUUUCAUAUGCGGACUCAUACUGGUGAAAAACCAUUCUCAUGUGAAAUUUGUGGUCGAAAAUUUACUCAGAGUACAACGUUUGUUUUAGCUGGACAUCAACGAAUCCAUACUGGAGAAAGACCUUUCUCAUGUGUUGAUUGUGAUAAAACAUUUAUUUUUGCAAGCAGUUUAAAAAGGCAUCAAAGAAGUCACACGGGAGAAAAACCAUUUUCAUGUGAAAUUUGUGAUAAAGCAUUCAGUCUUAAUGCACUUUUAGUUCGACACAAACGAAUUCACACGGGAGAUAAACCAUUCUCCUGUGAAAUUUGUGAUAAAAGAUUACAAGAUCGUAGAGAUUUAAUUGUGCAUCAACGAAUUCAUACCGGAGAAAAACCGUUUUCAUGUGAAAUUUGUGAUAAAAAAUUUAUGUUAGGAAGCAGUUUAAAACGGCAUCAAAUAUUUCACACGGGUGAUAAACCAUUUUCAUGUGAAAUUUGUGAUAAAAGUUUUACUCAACAAAAUUAUUUAAUUGUGCAUCAACGAAUCCAUACCGGUGAAAAACCAUUUUCGUGUAACAUUUGUGAUAAAAAAUUCGCCCAGUAUAACAAUUUAAUUGGUCAUGAACGGACUCACACCGGUGAAAAACCAUUUUUUUGUGAAAUUUGUGAUCGAAAAUUUACACAACGUAGUGCGUUAAACAGACAUAAAGUAACUCAUACUGGAGAAAAAUCAUUUCCAUGUGAAUUUUGUGGUAAAAAAUUUACCCAUAAAAGUAGUUUAAUUAAGCAUAAAAGAACUCACGACCAGGACGAUCAUAUUGGGGAAGUAUUUGAAGAAGAAAAUGUACAAAUUAAAGAAGACGUCAAUUAGGAGCAAAUAUUGAUUUAAAAGGAAAAAUUAGAA